UAUGUUAUUGGUAAGUCUUCCAGUCAACAGUAGGCUACUAGUAGUUAAGUUUUUAGGGAGUCAAAAUUUAUUUUCAACUAUGUGGGUGUCACCACCCCUAACCCUCCCACAUUGUUCAAGGGCUAACUGCCCUAAAUGCUUACUGUGCACCAGGCAUUAAAUUACGUGAAUUAACUAAUUUAAUUCUCACAACAACUCUCUGAAGUGGUACUGCUAUCUUCAUUUCAGAGAUGACAAAACUAAAGCAGAGUUUUCUAAAGUAACUUGCCCAAGAUCACAUAGCUAGUUAAGUGGCAGAGUCAAGGCAGACCCCAGGCACUCUGGGUUUAGAGCCUGUACUCUCCACCAGUAUACCAUACUGCCUGCUAGACUCAUGUUGAAUAGUCUCAAGUCACAAAUAGGUUUAGUUUAUACACAAUUUAGUGCAUAAGGAAAGGGAAAAAGUAAGGUAGGGGAAGGAAGGCUAAAGCACUAGUAUAAGUGUUUUACAUGCAUUGAUUUAUUUAAUCCUAUUAGAUUGGUACACCUAUGAAAUAAUUGCUGUUAUUUUACAGAAAAGGAUAUUGAAGUACAGAAGAGUUAAAUAACUUGCCAAUAUUUAGAGUGUUAGCAAGUGGCAGAGACAAGAUUUGAACUUUUUCUACUUAUACUGUACUGGAGAGAUACAAAGACCUACACCCCAGUAUAUAUGCAGCUAUAUUAUACACACACAUACUUGUACAGACACACUCACACUUCUGCAUUUACCAAACUAAAGUGCUUGGUGUUCCCAGAACAGAUCCUACAAUUUCAUGGCUCUGGGUCUCAAACCUUCUGUAGGAGUAGAGUUGCCAGAUUUAGCAAAUAAAAAUGAAGGAUGCCCAAUUAAAUUUGAAUUUUAGAUGAAUAACAAUUUUAUGUCCACAGGACAUUUGGGACAUAUUAAUACUAAAAAAAUUUUUUGUUGUUUAUCUGAAAUUCAAAUUUAACUGGGCAUCCUGUAUUUUAUCUGGCAACCCUAGCCAGGGGAAAAAUUCCUGUUAGUCAUUCAAGUUCUAAAUCAAAUGACUGUUCCUAGAUUAUUUCUCUGGGCAGUUUGUUUUUCUCUUCUGUUCUUUUAUAACUGCACCUACAUCUAUCCAAUACAGCGUUUAUUACUCUGAUUGUAGGAGCUUGAUUCUUCCCAUUCAGACACUUGAUCUCCGGUGGGAAAACUGCUUUAUGUUCAUAUCUGAAUUUCCAACCAUGGAGAUGUUGAGUGAUUGAAAUAGUUAUUGAAUAAACAUUUACUGAGAGCCAGUAGGUUUAGGAAGAAUAGUGAAGGAGAACUACCAUUUAUGAAUUGCCUUCUGUAUGUUAAAUAUAGUGCUGAUUGUUGUACAGUAUUCAAUGCUCACCAAGGCCUCAAUCGGUUAUAGUCUUCGGCCGCAGGGAGAUGACAUUCACUUGAAGCCUAUAGCCAUUUGGCACAAAUAACUGAUGCCAUUUUAGUCUCUGCAUCUCCUUGCUGAGAAAGCUGGACCCAGGCCUAGUAGGCGUAAACUCUUGUUUCCAUAGAAACAGGAGGGUCUGUACGAGUGAAAGGAGGCAGGAAGUGCAAUGUGUACUUCCGGCUUACGCCAGUGUCGCGAGCAACCCGGAAGUUGGAGCCGUGCAAAUGCAUAUGGUGGCUUCCCGCUAGGAUGCCGCUGGUGGUGUUUUGCGGACUGCCGUACAGCGGCAAGAGCCGGCGUGCCGAAGAGCUGCGCGAGGCGCUGGCGGCCGAGGGCCGCACGGUGUACGUGGUGGACGACGCGGCGGUGCUGGGCGCGGAGGACGCGACCGUGUACGGCGACUCUGCCCGUGAGAAAGCGUUGCGCGGAGCCCUGCGAGCCGCGGUGGAGCGGCAGCUAAGUCGCCAAGACGUGGUCAUCCUGGACUCGCUUAAUUACAUCAAGGGCUUCCGCUACGAGCUCUACUGCCUAGCGCGGGCGGCACGCACCCCGCUUUGCCUGAUCUACUGCGUACGGCCCUGCAGUCCAAGCAGGGGACCUCAGGUGGCGGGCGCGGAGGAAAACAGGAGCCGGCAUGUCAGUGUGAGUUGGCGGCCACGCUCUGAGGGCGGGAGACUUCAGGCGGCGGGCGCUGGUAUCCUCAGGGAACUGGAUGCGGCGAACUCUGUAGUAAACGGGAGAGCCCAGACCAACGUACCUAAGGAACUGGAGCCAGAGGAAACUGGGGGAACAGAUUCUCCAGCUUUCGUGACUCCACAGACCGAAAAAUCUGCAAAGCCUGUGCCCAGUAGUGCCUUUUAUCCUCCCGAACUGCUGGAGGCCCUAACGCUGCGCUUUGAGGCUCCCGACUCUCGGAACCGCUGGGACCGGCCUUUGUUCACCUUGGUUGGCUUAGAGGAGCCGUUGCCCCUGGCGGAGAUCCAGGCUGCCCUGUUUGAGAACCGAGCCCCACCACCCCACCAGUCCACACAGUCCCAGCCUCUCGCCUCCGGCAGCUUUCUGCACCAAUUGGAUCAGGUCACCAGCCAGGUGUUGGCUGGGCUAAUAGAAGCACAAAAGAACGCUGUCCCCGGGGAUUUGCUCACGCUUCCUGGCACUACAGAGCACCUGAGGUUUACCCGGCACUUGACCAUGGCAGAACUGAGUCGCCUCCGUCGCCAGUUCAUUUCCUACACUAAAAUGCAUCCUAACAACGAGAACUUGCCUCAACUGGCCAAUAUGUUUCUUCAGUAUCUGAGCCAGAGCCUGCACUAACCAGGAUGGGUAGAGGAAAGCCAUGACUCCUAAGGUCCACUGCGUUUUAUAUCUCUGGGAAGAACAGUCUGAGGGUCUGCAGAGCAUGUUGAUGUAGUACUGUACUAGAGCUGUUGUGACUGAUUCGCUCAAACUUUCCUGACUGUCUCUGUGCUAGGCCUUGCGUUUACAGCAUAAGUUGAGACUGGAGAAAAUGGAGAACUAGCUUGGAGUAUCCUGGCAAAUUCCUUCAGAGGACAGAGCUCAGGUGAACAGAAGUUGCUUAGAGUGGAUUCUACUUGGGAUGUCACACACCAUUGUUUUCCCCUGAGUUGUGGGAGAGCAAAUUGGAUGGAUGAGAAUUGCUUUAAAACAAUUGUGAACAGAAACUGAAGAUGGUGCAAUUCUUUGUCUGCACCUGUCCUUUUUUUCAUACCAAACUUUUUUUUAGUACCAUACUUUCUGCUAGUCUCUGUCUUGGAACUGAAUUCACAGAUAGAUCCAUUGGUUUCUGUCCUUGGGAGGUUUUGAUUUUGUGGAACUGAAAACAUAACCACCAGAUUACUUCCUCUAAUAAAAUCUUUUAAAGUAGAUUGUC